AUGUUGCCCUCCUCGGUGCGGCGUGUCGCCUCCUCCGCCAUCUCCUCCGCCCCUCAGACCGGCGUCAUCUCUGCCCUCGCCUCCUCGGCUCCCAAGGCCAUCCCCGUCUUUCUUCGCAACCAGCAGCGACGAUGCUCCUCCUCCAAGCCCUCGAGAUCCGAUAACGGCUCCAGCGAAAUCUCGGCUGGCCAGUCUGUCCCCGCCUCGACCGCGAGCCCCAAGUCUGGCACCGAGAAGCGGAAACGCAAGAGCAGCAAGGAUGCCUCCGAACGAGCGGCUUCUGUCAAGAAGUUGCCCAGCGUCCCCAACACGCACCACAUGUCGCAAGAAGCUCUCGGUCUAUCAAGUUUCUUCUCGCUACAUAGGCCCAUCUCGGUCACACAAACGAUGCCCCGAGCCGUGACCGAUGAGCACUUUGCUUCCAUUUUCACCUCCCGAACCAGGAACAACAAGAUGUCCGACACCAUGUCGACUCUUUCCGACACUAUCGACCAGCUGGAAGGCCCCAUGGCCCAGAUGACCAUCGGACAGGAGGGACAGGAUUCCAUGCACAAGGUUGAUAUCAAGAACGCCGACGGCAGCGAGUCGAGCAUGUACCUCCAGAUCGACACCAUGUCGGGCGAGUUCCUCCCCUUCCGACCGCCACCGCUGCCCCAACCGCAGUCCGCUGCUGAGACGGACGGUGCAGUCGCCGAGGCUGAGGCCGCCGAGGACGUUCCCCAGCACCGCGUCUACAAGGCCCUCUUCACCAUUGAGGAAUCGACCGACCCCGAUGGCCAGAUCCGCAUCAUGGCCCACAGCCCCCGAAUCAUGCAGGACGCCCAGCCCCGGAGCUUCCUCGAGCGACUCGCCCUCCGCCAGCUCAAGUUUGACGAGGCCCAGGGCCGCCGCGACAUGCACGCCAUCAGCGUCAAGCGGCAACGAAAACUCAAGAUGAAGAAGAAGAAGUACAAGAAGCUCAUGAAGCGGACGCGAGUCCUGCGCCGCAAGUUGGACCGAACUUAG